UAAAAAGAACGCUAACGGUCAAGAUGCGCAUUAGACGAUUUAUCGGUCUAUUUGGUGGUAUGAGGUGAGACGCGGGGCGGGCGAGACACGCAGCGAUUGGCGGGGAAUGCUUGCAGGAUGCUCUAUUGGUUUGUCAGUCGAACUUUACCAUCCGAGUUGAGGUUACGUUACGUUUGUUCUCGAAAUACUAUCGCGCACUAAAGUUUUGAUUAUAAAAUGGUAUUACAUCGACAAGUCAGAAAAAUGAUUUAUGACGUAUAUUGUUUUAUGAAGAGAGAAGCUGAUAAUAAUGCAGUUGAUAACUUAAAACAAUGCAUUAAACGGACUGCAGCGGCAACAAAAUGUUCCGAGUCUACAGUGAGACGGAUUGUCAAAGGAACAAAAAAUUCAGAAUUCCUUGCUGUUUUUCGAACUCCCGGCAAAAACAAACGAAUAAAGAAAAAGCCCAUAACAGACAUUGACAACUUUGACCAGGGCGUUAUAAAAAGAAUCAUUCACAAUUUCCACAUCACAGAAAAAGAAUUACCUACUAUAGGUAGGUUGCAAAGGAAGCUAAAGGAUGACCUAGAUUUCCUAGGUUCUGCAGCCAGUCUAAGAAGAAUAAUAAAAAAAAUUGGUUUCAAGUGGAAAAGAACAGAAACCAAUAGAAAACUUUUGAUUGAGCAGUCGCAAAUUCGCUUUCUAAGAAUUGAAUAUCUCAGAAAGAUAAAACAAUAUAGAGAGGCCGGAAAAUCUAUUAUUUACACCGAUGAAUCAUACAUUGAUAGUUCCCAUAUAUCUCACCAUUCUUGGACAGAUGAUCCCACCAAAGGCAUUAAAAAACCUCUAUCUAAGGGCAGCCGCUUAGUCAUAAUACACGCAGGUGGUGAAGAUGGUUUUGUGCCGAACGCUCUACUUACAUUCAAAGCUGGGACAAAAAGCGGUGACUAUCACGACAAUAUGAAUUAUGAGAAUUACGAGCGGUGGCUCCGUACUAAACUUGUGCCAAAUUUACCUCCUAAUUCAGUCGUGGUAGUGGACAAUGCAUCGUACCACAACAAACAAUUUGAUGCUGCACCAACAUCCAGUACAAAGAAAGCAGAAAUGCAAAGCUGGCUUCGUCAAAAAGGAAUAGAAUUUGAAGAAUCAAUGCUAAAGCCGGAGUUGUAUAAUAUAGUAAAGAAACACAAAGAACAAUUUAAGAAAUUUAAUAUCGACGCCAUAUUGAACGAAGCAGGCCAUUCUGUACUUCGUUUGCCCCCAUAUCACCCGGACCUCAAUCCUAUAGAAAUGGCCUGGUCGCAAAUUAAGGGAUAUGUCGCCAGCAAAAAUGUAAGUUGGAACCUUACACAGAUAACUGACCUGGUUAAUGAAAAAGUAAAUUUAAUGGGAGCAACAGAAUGGGGAAAAUUAUGCACCAAAGUAAAGGAAAUAGAGGCUGAUUAUUGUAAAAGCGAUCAUGUUGUCGACAUGAUGACGGAAACAUUUAUUAUUCGGGUAGGGGAUGAUGAUACUGAAUCUAGUGAUGAUGAAAACUCAAAUGAUGAUAGUGACGACCAUGAAAUGGCCACCUCAAGCAAUAACACAGCCUCCUCGUCUGGUUUUCACGUCACCGAUGGCGAUUUAAUGGAAGGAGUUUCAACAUUAUUAUAAUUUUUUAUCUUCUUUCUCACCAUAGUUCCACUUUAUAUGCGAUCGAUAAAGUACCUGCUUAAGUUACUUUAUUUUAAUUUUAUUUUGAUUAAACAUUUUAUACUGAACCAAACAAUUCUAUCUUAUUUUUUUUUUAUUUAAACUAAUAAUUUAUGGAAAAAGCCGAGUGCGAAAGGUAAAUGUAAAAAAAACAAUAGGUUACUACUUUCUUGCGCGAAUGUACCGAUGCGCAAACACAACCCCUCCACUUUCUUCGAGCGUUCUUUUUAGAUGACGCGAC